AUGGCGUUAGCAUCCAUACCUACCUACCUAAUUAUAACUGGUUUCUUUCUGUGUACAUGUGAAUCAGUAGACGCUAAAUUCCUGUGGAAUAAAAUAUUUGAGGUGAAAACAUUGAUCCUGAAUUAUGAAGUAAAAUUAGUAAGAAAGUUAAUAAAGAACAAGAAGCGUUUCAAGAGAUUUAUGAAAUGCCAGGAAACUUACUAUGCUUCUCACAGCCUGGUAGAAGUUUACAAAGAUUUAUUACCAAGCAUGAGAGAAUUGAAAGCAGAAUACGGCGGUUUUGCUUUGGAUAUUGACGACAAAAUAUUUUGGACCCAACGGCUUCUCAAAACGUACACAAUAUUUUUGAAAGAAAUGAAAUUCGCUCCAAAAAAUGGAGGUUGCAAUGCCUUUCUCUCACCAACUCGAAUUCAAGAUGCAAGAGUUAAACGUUUAAUUGAACUGAUAUCUAGAAAGCAUGCUGAAGAAGCAGUCUAUAUGCAAAAUACCAAUAUGAAAUCAAUUUUGGAAGGUAUUCUGCAGGAAAUACGGGUAAGAACUGAUUGGUGGUAUCACAUGCAGUCGAUUGAUCGAAUCAAUCAGCUUAAAUGCAAUUGUUAACUUACGUCUAGACUCUGAUUUACAACCCGGUUUCGUAAAACUAGACGAAAGUUUUAUAACCAUAGAACGCGAAACGUCUCCACAUAAAUUCAGAGGAUUAUCCAAAUCCAAUCGAUGGCAUCUAUAAUGACGAAUUCCCUUCAGUGAAUUUAUAUCAAAAUAAGAUGUUUUCUUCACAUUUUAUCUUUUAUCCUUCAGAAACAAUAUAUUAAAUUGGCCGUCGUGCAGCAUGCAGUGUGGAGGAGUUGGCGCCGUUUAUUUUUAUUUAUCGAAACGUAAAUAAUUACUCAAUUAUGGUGUAAUUUAAUAAUAAAAACGAUUUUGCUUAGUUUA